AACAGCUCCCUGUGCAGGUGCCAGGCAGGUGGCUCCGCCAGCCCAGCCGCACCAUGAGCUCCUUCGACCUCCAGGCGCCCUCCCCACCUCGCUGCAGCCCCCAGUUCCCCAGCAUCGGCCAGGAGCCCCCCGAGAUGAACCUUUACUAUGAGAACUUCUUCCACCCCCAGGGCGUGCCCAGCCCUCAGCGGCCCCCCUCCUUCGAAGGAGGUGGCGAGUACGGGGCCACCCCCAACCCCUACCUCUGGCUCAACGGGCCGGCCAUGACUCCGCCGCCCUACCUGCCCGGCACCAACGCCAGCCCCUUCCUGCCCCAGGCCUACGGGGUGCAGAGGCAGCUGCUGCCCAGCAUGUCCGGCCUGGGGGGCGGCGACCUGGGCUGGCUGCCCAUCCCCUCGCAGGAGGAGCUGAUGAAGCUGGUGCGGCCCCCCUAUUCCUACUCGGCGCUCAUCGCCAUGGCCAUCCACGGGGCGCCCGACAAGCGCCUGACCCUCAGCCAGAUCUACCAGUACGUGGCCGACAACUUCCCCUUCUACAACAAGAGCAAGGCCGGCUGGCAGAACUCCAUCCGCCACAACCUGUCGCUCAACGACUGCUUCAAGAAGGUGCCCCGCGACGAGGACGACCCCGGCAAAGGGAAUUACUGGACCUUGGACCCCAACUGUGAGAAGAUGUUCGAUAAUGGAAAUUUCCGCAGGAAGAGGAAGAGAAAAUCGGAUGUUUCCUCCAGCACGGGCUCCUUGGGCUCAGAGAAAACGGAGACCAGUUUCCUGGUGGGCAGCCCCAAGACCACGGAGCCCCAGGACAUCCUGGACAGCACUUCCCUGGGCACCACCGGCUCCCCAGAGAAGCAGCCCUCCCCUCCGCCAUCCGGCACCCCUUGCCUCAACAACUUCCUCUCCACCAUGACACCCUAUGUGAGCGGGUCGAGCCCCGUGAGCCGCCCUGUGGCCACACCAGGACUGAGCCCUGAGCCCACUGACAAGAUGGGACAGAACUUGCUGAACUUUAGCUCCUACACCCCCCUCAGCAACCUCAGCGGCCACGGGGGCGGGGGCGAAUGGGCCAACCCCAUGCCCACCAACGCUCUCGGCUAUGGAGGCUCUGUCCUCAACCAAUUCAGCCCUCAUUUCUACAACAGCAUCAACACGAACAAUGUCCUCUACCCCAGGGAGGGCACCGAGGUCUAGAAACAGAACAGCUCCUGAGCCAGAUGGACACGCCCAAGAGAAAAGCACUUGAGGCCCUCCAUGCCAGCAUCCCUGUGGUCCAGCACCUCUGAACUGCCCAGACACACACAGGAGGCUCAGAGGAAUUCAUCCUUUUUCUAGAACACUGUGUUAACCUUCUUUUUGUCACACAUCCACACACACACUCACCAACCUUGCAGUGGAAAUACUGGUGCCUGGAUCGCAGUAAUCAUGGCGGCCACUUGUUGAGCACGGACUCUGUGCUGGGUGCUGUCAUAGGCUCUUUGAAGGCGUGAUCACACUUACUAUUUACAGCCAGCUGUGGGGUCCACAUGAACCUCCCCACUUAACAAAUGAGGAAACUG